GUAAAAUGAUAGACAACGGCACCGUCUAGAUUCAGAGUCGUCACCAACCUUCAAACUCUCUCUCACAUUUCCUCUGCAAGACAAGACAUAACCGGAGACGCCGUCGUUUUGACGCCGGUGCCUCCGUAAACUGUUCCUUGAACAAUGAAGCGAGGCGUCGACUUCUCUCUUCCGGUAACCGUCGUCGUUUUGACCAUCUCUUACACAUACUUCUCCACGGUAUUCAUUUUUAUAGACCGGUGGUUCGGCCUCUUGUCCUCCCCAGGAAUCUUCAACGCCGUGGUUUUCACGGCCAUCGCUAUCAUUUGCGUCUUCACCUACGCCGUUGCCGUAUUCACGGAUCCGGGUCGGGUCCCCUCAGACUACGUGCCCGACAUCGAAGACGUCGAAAACCCUAUCCACGAGAUCAAGCGUAAGGGUGGGGAUUUAAGAUACUGCCAAAAGUGUUCUCACCAUAAGCCUCCCCGUGCGCAUCAUUGCCGUGUUUGCAGAAGAUGUGUUUUGCGAAUGGAUCACCACUGCAUUUGGAUAAAUAAUUGUGUUGGGCAUGCAAACUAUAAGGUGUUCUUCGUUUUCGUCGUGUAUGCUGUAAUUGCAUGCAUCUAUUCCCUGGUCUUGCUUGUGGGUAGUCUAACUAUUGAUUCCCCAAAGGAUGAGCAGCAAAGUGGAGACUCUUUCAGAACUGCAUAUGUCAUUUCUGCACUGUUGCUUGUCCCCUUAUGUGUUGCCCUAAGCGUUCUUUUAGGUUGGCAUAUCUACCUCAUUUUGCAUAACAAGACCACGAUUGAGUACCACGAAGGAGUUAGAGCUAUGUGGCUUGCCGAGAAAGGAGGGAAUGUCUAUGCACAUCCAUAUGAUGUUGGUGCCUAUGAAAACCUGACUACAGUUCUGGGUCCAAAUAUCCUCAGCUGGGUAUGCCCCACAUCAAGACAUAUUGGUUCUGGUCUUCGCUUCAGGACUGCCUAUGAUAAUAUCUAACUGGUGCAUUAACAUCUAAAUGAAGUUGAUCGUUGGGGAAUUUUGGGAUUGCACUGGUCGUAUCUGAAGUUCUUACAGUUAAACUGCAAAGGGGUGGAUGAGUGCUGGUCUUGUGAUGAUGACUGGGGUGGGCUGCUUGUAGGAGUCCCAGCAUGUAGAACUACACGCUUGGGGUAGUUCAGGAAGGAGAAAAUGACCCUUUUCAAUUUCUCCCCCAGACUAACCACAGCCUAGGAGAUGCAGAAGCUGUUUGCUAGGUGAUUUGCAUGAAGGAUUUUGAGUAUUUCGGCCCCUGAUAAUAGCUAAAGCUAAACUGGUCUUUGCUUCACGAGACAUACAGGUUUUUUCUAUUUAAUUUUUGAGAUAUGUUACAUGCACAUCACUUGUACAUUUUUUGUACAUAAUUUUUUAAAUCAACCAUUGGAUCUGUAGGACCCACAUGUGAAUUUUUGUGAGUCUUACGAAUCUAAUGAUUGAUUUAAAAAAGUGAUGUACAAAAGAUGUAUAAGUGAUGUGCAAGAAUCAUUUCUCUUAAUUUUUUCUUGUUUUCUUCCCCUACUUCUGGGUGACCAUUUGGAUUAUGUAGAGUUUAACAGAAAUGAGGUUCUCCAACUGAUAAAAGUUUGUAUAAAGUGGGAAUCAGAAGUCUCAUGUAGAGAUCUUGUGUGUCUGCGAAAUAAUUUAACCUAAAGUUGUAAUCCUUAUAACGGACCAAAAUAAACAAAUUUGUGUUGUACUUCAUUUCAAUGUCAUUCUUUUUACCCAGUAAA